AUGUCUCGAAGACUAUACCUCAUGCUGGUGCUUGCACGGCUAUACUUUGCGCUGCAGCCGAGCUACGUCCACCCGGAUGAGCACUUCCAGGGGCCCGAAGUCAUCACCGGUGACAUCUUUGGCUGGCCAGUCUACCGGACAUGGGAGUUCACAUCUGGCCAUCCGAUCCGGAGCAUCUUCCCGCUAUGGCUUGUCUACCGACCUCCGCUGACAAUCUUCAAAUGGAUCUGUCACGGCCUGGGCUACCAAGCAGCGCCGAUUGACGUCUUCUACGCUCUCCGGUUGUUCAUGUUCCUACUAAGUUUCGUCUUGCAAGACUGGGCACUACAUGAAUUGCUGCUCGAAACCCCUGAGCGGUCCCUUUCGCUGCUUCUCGUGGCUUCGUCCUAUGUUACUGGGACGUACCAGAUGCAUACCUUCUCCAACAGCAUCGAGACAAUCAUUGUGCUAUGGUGCUUGGUACUAAUGCGGCGUCUGCAAGCUAACAAGGACCAUGUCCAGAUCAGGCUGUGUGUUGCGCUGUCCUUCCUUGGCACUCUAGGCGUGUUUAACCGUAUCACAUUUCCUGCAUACUUGGCGGUCGCGGCCGCGAAGACGCUUCCACAUCUUGUGGCGAAGCCACUACGGCUUCUUCCCCUCGCUGUUGCCGCCAGCCUUACCGCAAUGGUGGCAAUUGCCAUAGACACAGAGUUCUACCGCGGACACCGGGCCAACUUCACGUCCAACAGCACCUCUAUCGUCUGCACUCCGUGGAAUAACCUUGUCUAUAAUCUUGACGCAGCGAACCUGGCACAGCACGGUUUGCAUCCGCAUUGGCACCACUUAGUACUAAAUCUGGCGCAGCUGAUUGGCCCAGCAUACCCGUUGCUGCUCACAAAUGGUCGAAAAGACACCUUGUUUUGGUCUGCUAUCGGCGGCAUUGGAAUUCUAUCCUGCUUUAAGCAUCAGGAAGCGCGCUUUCUCACCCCUGCAGUGCCGCUCCUGCUUUCUGCGAUCAAGCUACCUACCCGGCGCGCACCCUCGUGGUUGUAUCUCUGGGCAGCGUUCAACAUGGUUGCUGCAGUCCUCUUCGGUAUCUAUCACCAAGGUGGCGUUGUUCCGGUGCAGUCAUGGAUAGGCAAGCAGUCUAAUGUCUCACAUGUGCUGUGGUGGAAGACAUACAGUCCGCCGCGUUGGCUGCUCGGCACCACUAACGUUGUGAUCAACACCACAGAUCUUAUGGGCAUGCCUGGAGACGGCAUGCUUGAGCAACUGGCGCAUGCCGCCGACUGUCGCAAUAGCACGAGAAGAACGCUGCUUGUUGCGCCGCUAAGCGCUACGUUUUUGGACGCAUACACCGAUUCGCAUGUUGUGAUGGAGGGGAGCACGUUUGCUCUGGAUCAGAUCCACCUUCACCGUGCGCAUAUUGGACUCGAUGACCUUGACUGGGGAGAGGAUGGGGUGUGGCCGACUUUGCGCCGCGUUGUAGGGCGCAGAGGUCUUGGCAUUUGGACGGUGCAGAAGGAGUGUUAG